AUGUUCAAAAUAUUGUGUUUGUUAGUGCUUCUUGGAGGGGCUGUAAACGGUAGAAGUCGUGGUCGGCACGUCAAGUCUCACGAUGAUGGAAAAAUAGUGGGAGGUCAAGAAGUGACCAUAAACGAAUAUCCUUAUCAAGUGUACUUAUUGAUACAGAUUGGUAUUAAUUACUAUGCAUGUGGAGGCUCAAUUAUAAGUGCUAAUUAUGUCCUCACUGCAGCCCAUUGUCUUGUUGGAGCAACGAGAGUACAUGUUCGAGCAGGUAGCACGGACUCCGACAGUGGUGGGAAAAUGUACAGCUCAUCCAUAUAUACCAUCCAUCCGAAAUACAACCGCCAGACCAGCGAUUAUGACAUUGGUGUGAUAAAAUUACUGCGGAAGAUGACGCUAGAUGGCACCACAACCAAAGCGGUGCAAUUGCCAAGUUCCGAUACGAUGGUGGUGCCGGGAGAUAAUGUUAUCGUCACCGGAUGGGGUGCCACUUCUGAAGGUGGUGAUACAACAAAUAUUCUGAAUGCAGUAACGGUUCCAAUAACGACUCCAGAGUUCUGCAAUCAGUCAUAUUCAGGAGGCAUUACUGAUCGGAUGAUCUGCGCAGGAACAGAAGAAGGAGGGAAAGAUUCGUGCCAGGGAGACUCAGGUGGUCCAGCAGUAAACGAAACUAGUUUGGUACAAUACGGAGUGGUAUCUUUCGGGAUAGGUUGUGCCAGACCCAACGUUCCCGGAGUAUACACCAGCGUCCCUGCCCUAAGGGACUGGAUAAAGAAAACUACCGGAGUCUAA